AUCGCCGAAACGUCAGCCGUCGACCAACAACAUCAGCAACAACGACAACGACAACGAAGAUCUGUACCACCCUCGCGUCAGCUUGAGAAGAUCAUUUAUAAGAUCACACAAAUAAAUAUGUCAACUAUCUAUGUCGAGGUUUAUAGAAAGUCGCUUGAGCAAGUUAUAAUAAAUUUCAGUACGUCGAGAUUUCUAAUGACACCACCACGUUUCAAGCGGGUCGACUUCGAUGAUAGGCUUGAACAUCUGUGUGACGAUAAGAAACCAGCAUGGAAGACAUGGCAAGAAAGUGUCAAGGAAUCCUACCACAAGGCAAAACGAUCUGUAGAAAGAAGUAGAGACGAAGCAGAAUUUCGUGAGUCAACGUUGACUCGAACACGAAAGAGCCGAGCAGUAAGCCCAUUCAGAAAGCUGGACACCAAUAUUGGGUUCAUCCCAAGUGUUAGGUCCCAUAGCAGCCUGAUGACCUCGCCAUUAGCCGAAAGAACGUUUCUUGUAUCGUCACCAUCGGUCGGACAUGUUUUUGCUGGCGGAUCGGGUCCCUAUGCAGCUCCAGCGGUUUCGGUAUCACAAGGCGUUGAAUCACGUUAUGAACAACGAGCAAAUAAUGUGGAAGCGAUGUUACUGAAAACUGCACCACUUCCACAGCGCAUGAAAACAAUAACCACUAAGGAAUUUCGCAAUGCUCCUGCUCCGGCUGCUGGCUCGGCUUCAGAACUUGACGAUUACGACUUCUCUAGAUACUGCCCUAAACCGUACUAUUCUCGUCCAAAUCGUGAUGAUCCGGACUACUUUGAUUUUGAUUUGCAACAUUCUGUAGAUCUAUUCAAACGGCCGGAAGGGAAAUAUACUCCUAGAGGUCCUCAAGUGUGGGAGAGUAAGCUAGUAGACGAAGUGAGGGCGAAGGGCUCGGCACCAGUGUCAGGUUAUAUGUUCACUAAGGGUGAUGCAGAUUGGCGUACGAAUGGCACAUCGUAUUUGAGCGCCGCUCUGCGUACACCCAAAUUCUGGGAACAACGUUUCGAAAGUUUAGCGAAACAAGUGAGAGACACUAACCCACUGAGCCUUGACAGUAUCAAUAGAAAUCGUCCUGUACCAAAUCGUUUCACAGAAUACUCUGAUCCGGACUUUGAAGACUAUGAAGAUCCAAGAACAUGCGAUUAG